AUGGCCCCUCUGACACGCUUUCGGUCAGACGAUAACAACAUCCCCCUUCCAAAUAUGCUCGAGUAUUACACGCAAAGAGCCAGUACGUCAGGAACGUUGAUCAUUGCCGAAGCGACGCAGAUUUCCCCUCAGCACUGCGGCGGCCCCAAUGCUCCCGGUCUGUGGAAAGCCGCUCAAAUUGAAUCUUGGAGCAAGAUAACCGAAGCUGUGCAUUCUCGAGGCUGUGCCAUUUAUUGCCAGCUGUGCGCACCUGGCCGCGCUGGUCGUCUAGAAGGCCAUCCGCUCUACAGCUCUAGCGCAGUGCCCAUGGAAGCCAGCGCGACUGUGCCACAGGCCAUGACAAACUCGGAGAUUCGGGAUUGCAUUCGAGACUUUCGAAAUGCAGCAUCCAAUGCAAUCGAGGCAGGAUUUGAUGGUGUUGAACUCCAUGGUGCUAAUGGUUAUUUGAUCGAUCAGUUCAGUCAAAGCACUUGCAAUAAUCGCACAGAUGAUUGGGGUGGCUCGGUCAAAAACCGGUCCAGGUUCAUUUUGGAGGUUGCCAAGGCUGUUACUACGGCCAUUGGUAGCAACAAAAUUGGAGUCAGACUCAGCCCAUGGAGUACAUUCCAAGGUAUGAAGAUGGAGGAAUACCACGCGGAAGAGCAGUUUUCGCAUAUUAUCUCGGAGAUGAAGGCACUGCAGCUUUCGUAUCUACACCUGAUCGAGUCAAGAGUUGCCAACAAUGUGGACUGCGAGAAGAAGGAAGGGUUGGAAUUUGCUUUUCGAAUUUGGGGAAACCAGUCGCCAAUCCUUGUCGCUGGAGGCUUCGACGGCGAGUCGGCUCGUUCCGCAAUUGAUGGCGAGUAUCAGCAACACGACACUCUUGUCGUUUUUGGCCGCUAUUUUGUUUCCACGCCAGAUUUGGUCUUUCGUCUAAAGCACGGGCUCGAGCCAAACACCUAUGACCAUUCCGCCUUCUAUACCCCUGUUCAGAGCAAGUGCUACAUCGAUUAUCCGUUUAGCAAACAGUUUUUAGACCAGUACAAGGCAUAA